CAAAGAGGUAGAGUCAUGCCAAAUGACUCAGGCUAGUCCCCAAGUUGCUUGGGGAAGAAGGUGUCCCUGGAAGAAAUGUGGGGUCAGCCCCCUCUCAGAGGUCUCUCCUUGUGCUCUGUUCCAGGGACAGAGUCAGGCUGGAGGGGAAUCGGGGCAGCAACUGAACCAAAAGAGUGGAGCACGUGAAUCAGUCUUGGUCUCAGUCUAUGUACAGCUGGACUUUUCAAAUCAGACCUGGCCAUUGACACUCUCCAGGACCCUGACUCCCCCCUUUGCCUCGGCCUCCUCUCCCCCAGCAACUCUCGCUGGCCUCAGCCUCACCACAGAGUGUAAUGUCCACCACGAUGGCUGCACCUACUGUGCCUGCCUCCCUGGGUACCAGUGGAACGCCAGCGUCUGCUCCCGUCGCAGUCCCUGCCGGAGUUCCCGCAGCCGCGGGCCCUGUGGCUGUCUGGUCUUCAGCCCUCCUGAAGCCGGGUACUGCCAGCUGCUGCCACCUGUCCCCGGAACACUGAGCCUGAACUCCCAGGUGCAGAUGCCUGGCAACACGCUAAACCUGACCCUCGUCACGAGCCAUGAGACCACCAACCUAAACUGGUUCCUGCGGCCUGCGGGGAGCCCCAGACCCAUCCUCCUGCAGCCGGGGACACAGGUGUCCCUGACCUCCAGCCCAGGCCAGGCUGUCCUCAGCAUCCUCAACAUCUCGCAUAAAUGGGCAGGUGAGUACACGUGCCGCUUCGAAGCUCAGGGAUUCAGGUGGGAGCUGUACCAGGCGGUGAAGGUGCCCCUGCAGGCGACAGAUGUGGCCCGGCUUCCAGACCAGCUCUCCAUCUCCUGCACCACCAGCCCCAGUUUCCAGCUGAGCUGCUGCCUCCCCAGCACACACCUGGUCUACACGGCUUCCUGGAGCCCCACAGAGGGCAGCAAAGCCUCCUUAGUCAACACGCCAGGCUCCUGGUGCCUCGUGCUGACCGUUCAGCGCUGCCCUGCCGCUGACACCACGUAUACUUGUGAGCUGCAGAGCCCAGGACUGACCCCUCUCAGGGUCCCCAUCUCUGUCACCAUCAUCCAGGACGGAGACGCCACCUGCCCUGAGGACUCCUCGGCUGUUGCCUGGAAUGUCACCAAGGCUGGCCACGUGGCACAGGCCCCGUGUCCAGUGAACAGGACAGGUGUGGUAAAGCGGGCCUGCGGGCCUGAUGGCAGUUGGGAGCCCAUCCACGGCGGCUGCACGGACGCAGGGGUCCUGGCCUUGUUUCACAGAGCCUGGCUGCUGCGGGCAGGACAGGGCUGGCCUGCUGUGGAGGCGCCACAGAUCCUGGCUGAGCUGUCGGAGCAGGCGAAGGUGGUGAGCUCGCCCUCUGACUUAUUGGCACUGCUGGGCACCAUAUCCUUCCUGGCCAAGGUGGUGGUGGAUGCCAGAAUACAGCUUAACCGCAGCGCCCUGGAGGCUCUCCUGAAAACCACAGACAAGGUCCUAGACCUGGACACCAGCUCUCUGUGGACCCCAGCCCGGGCCCAGAAGCCCUCGACAGGCUCAGAUCUCCUGCUGGCUGUGGAGACCCUGGCACGCAGUCUGUGCCCUCAGGAUCACCCCUUCUCCUUCAGCUUGCAAAACGUGCGGCUGCAGACCCAGCUGCUUGGGCCGUUUCCCGCUGACUACAGAGUCUCCUUCCCCACUCGGCCCCCACUGCGGGCCCACAUUCCCAGGUGCUCCCUGGCCCCGCUGGGCCGUAACGGCACCAACGUCAGUAUUACUAGCCUGGUGCUGCGGAAACUGGACCGCCUUCUGCCCUCAAGCUACGGGCAGGGGCUGGGGGACUCCGUCUAUGCCACUCCCGGCCUGGUCCUCGCCAUCUCCGUCAUGGCAGGUGGGCAGGCCUUCGACCAGGGAGAAGUCAUCAUGGACUUCGGGGGCACGGGUAGCACUCCGCACUGUGUCUUCUGGGACCACAGCCUCUUCCGGGGCAAGGGGGGCUGGUCGGAUGAAGGGUGCCAGGUGCAGACAGCUCGUGCCAGCCCCACCACCCGGUGCGUCUGUCGGCACCUCACCGCUUUCUCCGUCCUCACGUCCCCAGACACUGUUCCGGAAAACCUCACCCUGGAGCGGCUGAGUCAGGUGGGCUUGGGGGCCUCCAUCGUGGCACUGCUUGUGUGCCUAGGUGUGUACAGGCUGGUUUGGAGAGUGGUGGUACAGAGCAAAGUCGCCUACUUACGCCACACGGCCCUGCUCAACGUGGUGCUCUGCCUUUUGGCCGCAGACGCCUGCUUCCUGGGAGCCCCACUGCUUCCUCCGGGGCCCCGAAGCCCGCUCUGCCUGGCCGCUGCCUUCCUCUGUCAUUUCCUCUACCUGGCCACCUUUUUCUGGAUGCUGGCUCAGGCCCUGAUGCUGGCCCACCAGCUGCUCUUCGUCUUCGAUCAGCUGUCCCAGUGCCGAGUACUCUCCCUGAUGGUGGUCCUCGGCUACGUGUGCCCGAUGGGGUUUGCAGGUGCCGCCCUGGCCCUCUACCUACCCCGAGGGCAAUACCUGAGGGAGGGGGCGUGCUGGUUAAGUGGGAAGGGAGGGGCGCUCUACACCUUCGUGGGGCCAGUGCUGGCCAUAGUGGCCGUGAACGGGCUGGUACUCGCCAUGGCCGUGCGGAAGCUCCUGAGGCCUUCGCCGUCAGAGGGGCCCCGGGCGGAGAGGCGCCAAGCCCUUCUGGUGGUGAUCAAAGCCCUGCUCGUUCUCACGCCCAUCUUCGGCCUCACCUGGGGGCUGGGCCUGGCCACCCUGCUGGAGGAAGUCUCCACAGUGCCUCACUACAUCUUCACGAUUCUCAACACCACCCAGGGCGUCUUCAUCUUACUGUUUGGUUGCCUCAUGGACAAGAAGGUACGAGAGGCUUUACUCAAACGCUUCUGCCGCUCCCAGUCCCCCAACUCCACCAUCUCCCUGGUGAGUUAUUGGCUUCAAAUUCUCAGUUCUCCCACUAAGGGGUCAGACGCAGCCGUCCCACAGCCUUCCCAAGAGGAGACAGGCACAGCUAGAGGCUGAGAGAAGCUUGGGAUUGUCUUCUAGAAUGAGCACUUUCCAGGCUCGAAGUCCCCAACGAUGGAGACAGGAGCUCCGUCAGAGCAGUCGGAGUCAGGUUCCUGGGCUCCUGAUUACAACCUGGACUGCUGGGGACUCUCUUAGCCCCUGGUUUCUCCAUUUGAAAAUCUGCCUCCAGUUACUAUAUGAAGGGAAAUGUAGGAUCGGUAAGCAUGGGAGUCAGCAUAGCUGAGAACCAAGUUCCUUAGGGCUACUGCGGCCCCAGGCAGGUGAGAACGUGAAAAUGGGCACAAGCUCAUCAAAAGAGAGUCGAUAAUAAUAAUAGUCGCCCUGCAAUUGGGCCUUCCGGCCCCUUCCUAGGCUACAUAUGAAACCUACAUCCCGGAGCAGAGCCAAGGAAGAAGUGAAGACACCAGGUGAGAAGCAGGCCUUCCUGGGGGCAGCGGGCGUGGCAUGGACGGAAGCGGAGGCUAGCAAAGGGCUUCCUGGCCAAGAAGGCUCCUCUUCACGUGAUUGACGGUCCCGGCCCACGGGUGGAAAACAGACUUUUCCAGCAGAGACAUUUCUUGAUGGGACGGGGAAGGUGGAGACCUCAGAGAGCAGGGAGUUUUACCACCACCAAGCCUUGGUUCAGUCCACUCUGAAAAUUCCUUUGUGCGUUGUCAAAUUCUUAAUCGUCCUAGAAAACCCUUGCCUUGAAGGAAUCGCCAUUGGUGGGCUUGGUGUCCAGAGGGGUGGGCAGCCUGCAGAGGCGGUGAAAGGUCUGCUUCACCAGCCCAGAGCUUCAGGGUGAGCCCUUUCGCGGAGAAGGCAGAGGCUUUGAGUGAACCACACGCAGAGCCCAUCCGAGGGAGUUGGGGGAACGAGAAUCCACCAGGAUGAGCCAUGACCCGGGGCUCUGAGCCCUUCCCCCAUCUGAGAGCUCAGCGCCCCCCGCACAGACAGGCUAAUGUCUCCACUCGUCACGUUCCCUUCUCUCGCAGGUCACCUGCCCACACCCCUAAACUAUCCAAGCAAAAAGAGCGUGAAAAACUAGCUAAAGCUACCUGUUGAAUAAGCCUGCCUUUGCUGUAAACGUAAUCGACAGAUAUUAAAGUUCAAAAUAAUUGCAAGUAA